AUCGACGUCAAUGACAAGUGACAACUAUCUGUCAUAAGUCUAGUGUCCUGCUACAGGAAUGACAUUGAGGUUAUAUCUUUGUAAAAAAAAUCCUAAUUUAAAUUAGCUGAAUUAAGAAGUUCCUUGCGUAAGCUUUCAGUUAUUAAAAAAAGUAAGUGAUUAAUAGUAACAAAGAUGUCUUUUCCUGAUAAACAACAACGAAAAAUAUGUUGGGAUUCUAGAGAUAAAUACUGGGAAUGCUUAGACGAUCAAAAUAUAAAAGACAGUUCCGAAAAACCUAAAGCAUGUGCUGAGCUUAGGAGAAUAUUUGAAAAAUCAUGCCCACCCAAAUGGGUGACACAUUUUGAUAGAAAAAGAGAUUAUGAUUUAUUUAAACAAAAAAUGCAAAAAGAAGGUUUUGAACCAAUCAAAGAAAGUACAUAGUUACACAGUAAUAAUUGAACUUAUAUUGUUGUAAAUAUAGAUUAUUUAGUAAAUUAUUUAUAUUUAA